CUCAUUUGUUCUCUGUAUGUGAGUGUAUGAUUGAGAUUAAGAAAGAGAGAGCGAAAAGACAACAAGAUGAUAUUCUGUUUGGGUAGUCACCUUAAAACCUUACAGAACAAAUCCGGUAAUGAUUGCAGUCAUUCUCCCUUCCGUCUCUCUUCAGUCGACAUCUCACUUGAGUGCUACACAUCUGACCUGCACAACGUCACCUGCCAGUGGGACGAGAACAUCUACAAGGACGUCACCCACAAGCUGUUCUACAGACACAGUCCCAGUAAGUCACUGGGUUGGACAGAGUGCCUGAAGAGCUGCAACCGGAGUGAUCGGUGCCGUUUCCAUGGAGACGAGACCAAGUUGUUCCGGGUCAAACUGGGAGCAAGUGGCAGCCCGGCUCCCCUGGGCCGAACCUUCUACUCUGAUGCCUUCUACCUCAACGGCAGCAUCAAAACAGCCCCACCAGGACAGCUGGAGGGGAGGAUAGAUAGCGGAACGCUGUGUCUGUCCUGGGCAGCUCCUCUCCCAGCCCUCUCUGCCCACCUGCUGUACCAGGUCCACUACCACACCAGGGAGGGCGGACCCUGGCUGACGGUGUCGUCGAAAGGUCCGGAGACAAGGACAUGUCUGGAGGGUUUGACAGGAAGUCAGUACAGUGUGCAGGUCAGAGCCAAGCCCAAUGGGACUUAUUUCUCCGGUCAAUGGAGCGACUGGUCACUCAAACUCUCCGGAUCCACCCCCCCCGACAUGGGGGCUAUCCUCAUCUCUGGCAUCCCUCUCCUGAUGCUAGUGCUGGCCAUCGUCCUAAUUUCUCUGAUUUCUCGGUAUCUCAGUAAGUUUAAAAAACUACUGUGGCCACCGAUUCCAAACCUUGAUAAAGUGUUGCAAGGCUUCCUGGCAGAAAUCAACGGGCAGACAUGGGAUCCUCCAUUCGCAUCAAAGCAGUGCUUGGAGGAGAACCUUGCGUCCGUUGUGGAGAUCAUGUACCCGGAGGACGCGGCGGCGGGGUUAGAGAAGCCCCCCAACGAGAACGCCCCGCUAGUGAUCCCAGAGGGGUGGCUCUCCGUCGGCGAGCAGGGCGACCGGAGCUCCGAAGGGACCCUGGAGGUCAGCCCGGACUAUGUGACACUGAGCACUAUGGAUGCGGCCCCCAGCCGUCAGCAAAGGAAUGAGUACAUUUACGAACACGUUGCUGAGUGCCGGGGACUUGCCCGCGGUCCGAGGGUGGGCUGUGUGCAGCCAGCUGCAUCGACCCCCGAACGCUCCUCCACCAGAGCUUCGUGCCCUAGCGGCAUGGACAUUCUGAACCGCUCCUACCUGCUCCCAGCAGAGGGCAGCAGAGGGCUGGAGCCGGGGCCCGCUGCUGCCCCUGGAGGCUCAGACAAGCGGUACACCAACAUGGACGCUCCAACAUAUCCCGACGCCGUGGCGUGACAUCAGGGGGGCGGUUGUGUGUCAAUCAAAACACAGCAGGGGUCAUAUUUACCUUCUGAUAUAAUAAACGAAGAACAUCUGGCUGUGGAUAUACUGUAUAAAACAGUGUUCUCUAUCUAUUACGUAUUUGCUAGCCUCUGUUUUACCAUCUUUUGCAGGAGAUACAUUAUUUGGCUUGUUAUUGGUCGAUAGAGAAGUUGAUGUUCUCAAAGUACAAUAGUUGAUCAUCAUAGUAAUACAGUUAGUAUGUUCAAUUAACGAAAAUGUUUAUUAUAAAUGUAUGUAUUGUCACUGUCAAUAAUGCAAAGUGAGUACAAUGUGAGAAAGAACCUUGAAAACAGUUUAGGAGAAAGUGUUGUAGGCCUACUGCUCAAAACAACGUAUAAAAUGGAAAGGUAGCGAAGAAUUUCACAGUUAAAUAACAGCCGUCACAAAUGCCUUCAACACGGCCAUAAGAUCAUGAAGUUAACGGAACACAUUUACCUGAUAGAAUGGCCUAGAUCAACAUUGUUCCAACCUCGUGCUCUAUUCCAAACGAAUUGAUGCAAGAAAUAAAGUCAGUUUCACGUUGUAAAUGUUUCUUCUUGAGGAUUUAGACAUUUUGAUGGCCAUAUAUAACUACAGCACAAUGUGCCUAAAAAAACCCAAUGUCAAAUAAAGUGUUAUAUUUUAAAUCACAA